CAAAACAAAAAGGUUUUACGAAGUUUUGUUUUAUCUUCAGGUUGUUUUAGUUUUCCUCCUAAGCUACACCCUCAUUCAUCGCUGUGUUUUUCUUGUCCCGUUUGUGCAGUACCCAAAGAAGGCCUGAAGUGCCAGGCGGUUUUUGAUCAGAUCAGGAUGACUUACAUCAAGGAGCUGGGAAAAGCCAUCGUGAAACGAGAGGAGAACACAAGUCAGAACUGGCAGCGAUUCUACCAGCUAACUAAGCUACUGGACUCCAUGCAGGAGAUGGUGGAGGGUCUCCUGCAGAUUUGCUUCUACACCUUCGUGAAUAAGACCCUCAGUGUGGAAUUCCCCGAGAUGCUGACGGAGAUCAUCACCAACCAGAUACCAAAAUUCAAAGACGGGAGCGUCAAACCUCUGCUGUUUCAUCAGAAAUGACGGCCUUGAAAUGUGAAUCAAUGCCUUAAAUCCCCAACCUGCUUCAGGCCCUUCUGCUCUAAUUCUUUAUUCCGCCCCCCCAAUAUUCUUGUCCGUUCUUUGGUGUUUGUUUUCAUUUUUGGAAAGUCAGCUUCAUCCCUUCAUCCCUUGCCUGUUUAGUCUAAUCUCAGAAAUUACCCAUAGCCUCAUAGUCGCCACCCCAGUCUGUCUGCACAGAAGCAAAUUGAAUGUUUUUAAAGCAUCUGUCCGUUUUCCUCAAUCCCUCACCUCUUGAACUCAGACAUUUAUUCUUUUUAAAGUCCUACUCUCUACAUCGCUGAAAUCAUUUUAACUUGCCGGCCUUGCUCUGCUUCUCCGCGCUGUGAAUGUCGCUCACAGUCUAGAGACGAAGGGGACAGAUUGAAGCUUUGAUGCAAAAGAACCUCACUUUUCUUCUGGAUUCAAGGACAAAAAGCAAAAACGGACCCGAACUGGACCUAUUUACCCGAUCAGUGGAAGAAAAAGGAAAACGGAGCAGCUUGUGGAUCCGUCUUCAUGUUUUUUUUUUGUUUUUUUUAACGCAGAUGCACAUCGCAGAUCACGCUUUCAGAGUUCAGCAGACGCCACGUUCAGCGCGAGCUACACAUGUUUACACAGGAUGUAUCUGAGGGAAAACCAGUGCCUUUUAGUUUUCAUUCUCGCAGCCAUCCGUUACAGACCAGUCUGUUGUUCUGUUCCUUCGCAUUUAUCGCCUGGUUUUAGUUUGCUUCUUUUGUUUUCUCUUUAAAAUUAAAGUUUUCUUUUAAUUUUAUUGUUUAGAGGAAUCCCCCACCCCUUCAAAAGUGUGCAGAACAAAGUCAUCCCGGCAGCUUGAAUUAUCAUCUUCAUGUUCAGGUCUUUAAACGUUUAAUGAACUAGUAUAUUACAGUAGAAUAUACUGUUUUUCUUCUUUAGAAAAGUGAACCUAUAGUGUUCUCCUUUAACUGCAUCAGAGAAGCAGCCACUAUAAUCUAGAAUUUGGAAGUAAAUCAAAGUAUUUUUUUUUUUUAUUUAAACUGAGGAAGAUUAGAAAUUCCUGUCAAAUUCUGAAGGUUUGGAAACGUUUGUAAUUUCUUUAUCGUGAUUUUUACAAAUAUGGAUCAAAUUGAGAUUGAAAAACGUCCAAAUAUCCAUUUUCUAAUCGCGCUCAAUAUUAUUUGUAAUAUUUUAAAUCAAUCUGGCGUGACGGGUCCGGGUCCUUUCUCUGCCAGCUUCACCGAAUUUUAAAAAUGGUGACGAUAACUUAAAAACUUUCUCUGGUUUAUCUUGAAAGUCCAGUUUUUCUGCAGGGUCCCACACUUCUUGGAUCAAUUCAUAUUUUAGAUGAUGAACACAAUAACAGAAAGUGCUUUUUAAUACAGGAAGUAGUUUAAAAAACAUUUUAGGAAUUACAAAAUCAACCCAACUUUUUCUCUUCAUAACAUAUUUCAGCUUCAUCUGAAUUUGAUUUAACCCAAAGUGCAUAAAAUCUUUUGGUUUUUAUUAACUAAUAGUAAAAUCUUUAAUUUUCCAAGACAAGAAAACAGGAUGUUUCUUAAAAUUAUGUGACGAUGGAUCUCUAAUAUAUAUAUAGAUAUAUAUUUAAUUUGUUUCAUACUCUGCAUACACAAAGAAACAGGGAUUAUUAUGAAGCCCGUCCAUUUUAAAUGCAAGAAGCUGCAUUUAAAUCCACAUAAUUUGCUUAUUCUUCAGGUAAUGUCUCCUUACAUCUUUUAUUAUAGUCCCACUAGUGCCAAAUAUCACAAAAGUUUUUUUUUAUCAGUUCUUUUUUCCUCUAAUAUCCUGCAUAUGUGAAGGGUGGUGUACAGCGGUGGUUUAUAACUUAGCUUCAGGGUGCUCAGUCUUCAGUGUCUCACAUAACACCAGCUUACAAUGAUCGAUUGUUAACGAAAUGUUUUUGGGUUGUUUUUUUUUUUUUUAGAUUGUGAUGUUGCUACAGUUUUUAAUGUGUAUAAAGCCUUCAUACCAGCUUACAUAGUGGCCAAAUCUAGUGUUCAGGUUUUCAUCGGCUUCUGCUGAGUGCAAAGUGCAACACCGUUCACCUCCCUGCUCUAGAGUCCGCUUUUCUACUUUCAGGGUUCCUACAGAGUCAAAAAAAGAAUAGAAAAAGUAAAAUAUUUUGUAUUUUCCGAAUCCUAUCUCUUUCAAAUGGUUCUAAAGUUUGUCGUUUCUUGUGUCCUCCUACGUUUGUCUUUCCUUCCUUGGUUUCCUUCUGUAGUCUCCUACCUCCUUCCGCUCUAUGUGCCUUGGAUUCCUUCCCUCUCUCUUUUUUUUUUUUGUCUCCUACCUCCUUUCUUUCCCUAUGUUGGUUCUGCCCAAAGUUAAAAUAACAGUUCUAAAAUCAAAGAGAAUAUUAAGAUUUUAUAUUUUAAGAUAAAAGUAAAGGACAGGGAAAGCUCAGCGUGGAAAAAUGUGAUAUAUUUGUGAAUUUCCGUGUAAGAGCCCAGGACUUUAUAUCUGGAUUUUCAGUUGUUUGCUUAACUGCACAGAAAUAAAAAAGUAAAAAAAAAAAGCAGCAAUCCUCAAUCAAGAGCCAUAUUUUCUUUAGCUUUGAAGUUUGCCAAUCCUUCUGGAUGAUUGUUGUGGUGCGCAGGCUCUUGAGCUUUAGCUUAUUGCGAGUCUGCUUUUAUCCCGGCGUGUUGAUCAAUCUGCCGAGGAUUGGGUCUGGAUCCUGUGGUGUCGGGUGGCUUUGCGUACAGUAUUACAUUCGCAUUCAGGCAGCGGCGUUUCUGGAAGCCAGCUUUAACGUACAGGCGUAAAACACCCUCGCCACUGCUUCUGUCCCCCCCACUCCUUAAAUGCCUAUAGAUGUAUAUAAGCAAUGCUGACAUAUCCAGUGCAAUGCAAACAAGUGUCUGUUAUAAAAAAAAACAAAAACAAUAUUUUUACAUGUUUGUCAGUCCUCCCCACUUUCUUAUUCCUUUCAGUUCGACUAAAGGCCUUGCAUAAGGGAGACGGAGAGCCAUAGAAAUACAAUUUUAAAUCAGGAAAUAGACGACUACCAGUGCUUUUGGAGAUUGAUCUGUUUAAAAAAAAAAAAAAAAAAAGGUUUUGUGUGAUUUUUAAAUUCAUCAUCUUAUCCUCUUUGAUAUGACUAAUUUUACUCAAUCAUUUUUGUACAUUAAAUAAGUCGAAAAGUAAUUUUGUUUUCGUCAGUUUGUGUUUGAUAAAAGGUAGACGUGAUUAAUUCGUUAGGAAGUGUUAAACAUGUUUGUCUUGUGAAGUAAAUGUUCAUUCUACGAGUCUGUGGACAAGUCUACAAGAGUGGUCACUGUUUACCUUUUAAGACAAAAGGAAAUAAAGAAAAGGAAAGGCAGGUCGCCGUUAGAGCGAGAUUUAGUUCUAAUAUUUUAUUUUGCGCUAAAAAAAAAACAGUGACUAAAGCAGAGGGGGUAAAAAAAAUAAAUAAAAAUUUACUAAACUGAAGUAAUUGAGCAGUUUCAACUUGUGUAGCACAUAUGGGCUUACUUCUUAGCACUUCUAGUUUUAUUUCGAAUUUGCCUAUUAUGUAGAUGACCUUGGCUUUGGAUUUCAUAUAUAUUACUAUAAGGAUUCACUGGUCAUUUAAGAAAAAAACGAAACAAAACAAAAAAAAAAAAACAGGAAAAGCUUAAUCUCCAUGUGAAAGUACAUUUUCCAGAGCCUGACAAAAUUGCACUACCCUCAGAUUGCUUGUCACCGUCUAUUUUGUAUAAAAUACAUGCAAUUAUCUUUAAACAUUAAGGGCAGAUCAUGUUUCACUGGUAUAGAGCUAUGGCUUUCACUGAAGUCUGUUUUUGUUCCUAUUUCAGUUAUGUAGAUGUAAUCCAAUGUAAAGAAUAUAUAGAUAUAUUAAAAAAAAUAAAAAAUGGUUUAUAUUUACACUUCUUCUGUAUUCAAUGUCAAUAUUUCCCCUUUAUUGAUUAUAUGUUGAAUUAGGUUAUGUGUUUUUAUUUUGUCUUUUCUUUUUUUUUCUUUUUUCAACUUUGGAUUUGCCGUCGUCUCCAACUAUGUUUCUGUCAUCUCUGGUUUCAAGCAGAAAUGAGGAUGAACUGAUAUUUCAUUAGUUCAACCAUCUUACACAAUAAAGUUUCCUGUUUUUUCAA